GGUGGCCACGAGGGAGGGGGAAGCUGUGUGUGCUGAGCUGGUCUUCACUUUCCAUCCCCGAGGGAAAGACCUGGCUGAAUUUAUUGAGUUUAAUUUCAGAAUUACUGUCAAUUUACAAGAUAACCUUGGCUAAGUUUUAUUUUCUCUGAUGCUCCGGUUUUAUGCAGAAACUUUCGGAAAUCUUUGUAGUAUUUCAAGGUCUCAUUGUCUUUGAUGGGGAUUUAUUAACUGAGAAGUAAUACCAGGAAGAAGAAACAGGACUUAAAUCCUGGGAACCUGACCUAAGCUUCUAAAUCUGCAUUGUACUUUCGAGGUUAAAUUUUAAGUCAAGAUUUAUGGAACUUGGCACAUGCAGCAUUUUCCAAGUCAUUUCUAUAUAUACAACAGGUACCCAAGGUUUGGUAAGACAUUGUUCCAGUGUUGUUGCAAGUCUAAGAUGGAAAGUCAUAAACCAAGUACUAGCAAAGAUAUAUUUAAUAUCAUAUCCAGAAAAAUUAAACAACUUCCAGAACCUGACAGGAAUGUGCUUGAAUAUGGAUCAGCAUAUAUUGGACUUAAUGCUGCUUUUGGGGGCCUAAUAGCAAACAGUCUAUUUCGGCGAACCUUGAACGUGACACAAGCUCGAAUAGCUUCUAGCUUACCAAUGGCUGUGAUCCCAUUUUUGACAGCAAACCUGUCCUACCAUGGUUUUGUAAGUUUACCUUUGAGUACAGGUGAAUUGAACUGUGAAACCUGUACCACGUUGCGGGGUGCACUAGUUGGUUUUGUGCUGGGUGGUCUGUACCCUAUCCUUCUGGCUAUACCAGUGAAUGGGGGCCUUGCUGCCAGGUAUGAAUCAAGCCCUCUACCACAGAGGGGAAACAUCUUCAAUUACUGGAUUACAGUUUCUAAGCCUGUCUUUAGAAAAAUGUUAUUUCCUACUUUACUUCAGACUGUGUUUGCAGCAUACCUUGGGUCUAGACAAUAUAAACUCCUCAUAAAGGCCCUUCAGUUACCUGAACCUGACUUAGAAAUUCAUUAAUUUAAAGCAAAUAUGUGCAACAAAAAUAAAAUGGUGAAAAUAAUCUGUCUGCAAUUUAAAAAUAAGGCUUGUAGUUUUUCACAAGGUACAACCCUGACCUGCAAUUAAAAACUACACACAAGGUGGACCUCCAAUAAAAGCUACCAAAGGGGCAUAGUUUUGAGGCUGGGCUGGGAGUGUAAAUUAGUGGCAGAUUGACUUUAACAUGCAUGAGGCCGUGGGUUUAAUACCUAGCUCAACAAACAAAAAUUCAGUUAUUUCUCUAGUUUGCCCAAUGCUGUUUUUUUAUCCAUUCCUAAUACCACUCCUUUAUGUUAAAGCAUUUAGUUUGGUAUAAAACACAAGAAGAAACAUUAACUACAUAGCAAUUAUCAACAGUCCUCCCAAAGCCAAGCACGAAGGAAAAGUAUUUUUUCUUAACUUGGGGUGUUUCCUCAUAAAGGACUAAUCCUUAAUCCUGGCCUAUAUUCUUGUGAAGCUACAGAAUUUAUAGUUAUCUUUGAAGUUUCUACCUAUUAUGGUUCUUUAGAUUUCCGGUACUUGAGCUCCCUCCUCCUGCCAUGCACGGUGCUUAACAAGUUAACUUACCUGAGUUACUCAUUAGAGUAACAUUGCUCAUUUUAUUUCUCUAGCACAGCACCAGCUUUACCCUUAGUAUCAAUUCUGUUUUCUGAAGUAUGUGGGGUCAUUUCCUCAGAUCCUUUAUGCUUCUGGAGUGAUCUACUGUAUUCUUCAAAAGUGUUUCAUAUCCCUGUUUAAUCUACUACUCCUUUGGAAUUGGAAUGAGCACUGUCCAACAAUUCCUGUGAUCACAAAUACCUACCUGCACUAUUAAUAUUAUCCACUAGCAACACGUUGCUUCUAAGAUCAUGAAAUGUAGAUAUAGUCUCAGUAAUACACAUCAGAUCAAUUCUCUUUAGCAAGCUUAGUCACCACAGAUGAGAAAACCAAUGUCUAAAACCAUACUAAGUAUGGUUUCAUUCAUAGUACAUCUUAACUAUUCCUUCUAAAUACUGUGUCUUGUUGAUUUAGAAAAGGCAGCUUUGGACAUGUUAAAUAGGCUUUUAUUGAAAGAAAAAAAAAAUACACAGGUAUGCCUAGCAAUUGGGAAGAAAAAGCAGGGCCAUUCUCUCAGUUUGAGGCUAGUGAUUUCUAGUCCAAUACAAGACCCUGUCUCCAUCAACAAAAAGGCCACUACAAAAAUUUUAGUCAAAUUUAGCAGUUUUCGGAAUGCUACAAUUUGUUCUUUCAAAAAGCACAUGAAAUAUAUUCUCUAUCCAGUUUUUUUAAAGUAUAAUUAUUAGGGAAGGAAGUUUCCAGGAGAAAAAAGUGUAUCUUCCUCUGGGUUAGUUAUGUGAUUUCUUUUUCUUUCUUUCUAGAGUUCCCAAGAUUUAGUAUGCUUUACUUUUAGAACUGCAAUGUGAAAAUGUGUUUUGUAUGAUUGCCUAUUUUACAAGGAAUAACAGCAAAAGCAAAGGCUUUCUGAUACAAAGCUGCCCACCUACAUUCUCACUUUUACUUAAUGCUUAAUUCAAUUGAUCAAGGUAAAAAUAAUUUAUUAAAAUAAUUACAUUAGAUUUCUUAAGCAAUACAGAUAGUGUGUAAUCAACUUAGUAAUUAAAAAUCCAGUGAUAUAACCAAGCUGUUUGAUAAGUGCAAACUGUUUACUAUGCUUAAAACUAUCCCAGGACUUUACUCCUAACACACUAGCUGUAAAUGUGUUUUAUCUUUUCCAUCACAAAAGGAUUCAUGAACCUCUUCCCUCUGCUACAUAGUCAAGUCUUUUAACUAGCAGAAAUGGGUAGCCAGGCAAUGAAUGCUUAGCCUAUUGCUACAAGUCUACCAAAAAAAAAAAAAAAAA